CCAGGUCCCAGGGGAGCCUACUUUGACGUGGACAUAACAACCAUCAAUCAAAGUUCGAAACCUCAAGGCUGACGGCAUGACUGGUGACAAGGGCUUGAAGAAGAAUGACACCCAGUACGGGAAUGUCCAACGGGAACUUAAAGCUCGACAUGUAACCUUCAUUGCCCUGGGAGGCAACAUGGGGACGGGGCUGUUUCUGGGAAUCGGGCGAGCAUUGAGACAGUCGGGCCCACUCCCUCUCUUCCUAGGAUAUGCCAUUGCCAGCUUCGCUCGGCUUAUGAUGAUGAUCGCUCUCGGUGAGAUGGCCGCCUGGCUUCCUGUGCCUGGCGCUGUUCCUCAAUUCUGUUCCCGCUACGUCGAUGAUGCCCUGGGUUUCGCCGUGGGCUGGAACACCUGCAUCAUCCAAUACUGGUCGCGUGCAAGCCAUGCUAGUGUUGCGGUUUGGAUUGUGAUGCUCAUUGUGUUAUUGCUGGCCGUCAACAUCCUCGCAGUCAAGGUCUACCGCGAAUCUGAGUUUGUGUGCGCCAUUAUCAAACUCUGUGGGAUUAUCGGGCUGCUCAUUACCGCUCUAGUCAUUGAUCUUAGAGGAGUACCAUCUCAGAACCGACUGGGGUUUCAUUACUGGAAGUCUGAUGGCAUUAUGAAAGAGUAUAUCGCGUCCGGACCCACUGGUCGUCUCCUCGGACUCUUCUCAGCGCUGGUCAACGCUUCCUUCUCUCUUGGUGGCGUUGAGACCGUCGUUGUAGCUGCCUGCAAGACAGGAAAUCCUCGUCGAAACAUUCCAGCAGCCAUUGGGCUAGUCUUCUGGCGCUACUUGUUCUUUUUCGUUCUGGCGUCGCUGGCCCUCGGAAUGAUAUGCCCUAGCAACAACCCCAAGCUUCUGGGCUCCAGCUCCUCAUCCAAUGCGGAGUCGCCCUGGGUGAUUGCUAUCCAGCUAGCAGGCAUCCAGGCUCUCCCGUUCAUUGCGAAUGCUGUCGUCCUCAUCGUGGGCAUCUCGGCGGGAAAUUCCUAUGUCUUCAUGGGAUCGAGGUAUCUCUUUGCGUUGGCGUCGAAUCGACAGGCGCCGGCUAUCUUCUUGCAGUGGACCAAGCGGGGCGUCCCUAUCUACGCUCUCCUCGUCACCAUGUCAAUCUCUUUAUUGACCUUUAUGUCCAUGGACUCGAGCUCCAGUGUUUUGUGUCAGUGGUUCCAAGAUUUGACGACAGUUUCCAAUUUCUCUCAAGCACAGCAUGUGGACCGCGCCUCUCUUUCGUUCUCAUUUCCCUGGCAGCCGUACUCGACAUACUUUAUGCUGGGGUACCUCACUAUUGUGCUUGUAAAGAAGGCCAAGUGGAAAGGGGCCAAGGAGGCUGAUCUAUUCACAGACAAAGCUGAGCUUGAUGCAAUUGAGUGGGCUCAGGAGGCUCCAAUGACAUUCGUCGAGAAGCUGUGACUUUGGCUCGCGUGAGACACUGUUGAAGAUAGUGCAGUGAGAUGAAUCCGAAUACUGUUUGUGAUUGC